AUGUUAAUACCCCAACCAAAAAUAACUAUUUCCAAAAGGCCACAUAAUCAAAAACUGUUAACUAAAGCUAAAAAGUUUUCACUGAACCAGUUGCAAGAUAUAUUUCAUGAGGAAACAACAGAGAUUAAAUCUUUUGUAGAAACAUCAACUCCUCAGCCAAAGCAAAAAGCUCCAAGAAGGAAAUGGCCAAGCUAUAAAUCAAUAGAAAAAACAACUUUUAAGAAACAGAAACAAAAGAACACUUUUGCCAGUAAACAUCGUGCCGCUCAUACACCCGAGGAGCCCAAUUCAUACCAAGGUGUGCAUGCUCUGCCACCUCUCCUAAUCAAAGACAUAUUGAACCCAGUAAGUUUGCAACAACCAUGUCAAGCUCAUGAAAACCUAUGCCAAAAUCAAUAUUUAGAUUCAAAUUUUCACGUACUGGAAGCUAAAUGCAGUAACUUUAUACCCAUUUCAUCCAGCUACAAACCACCGCAUAAUACAUUCACUAGAUCAUACACUUGCAAGUCGUUUUCUGCAGCAGAAAAUCAUCAAUCCAAGCCCAUCCAUUCAGAUUCAGAAAACGAGUAUGCAUCUACUCAUAAGCUUCCUGUGAAUAUUCCCUCUAUUGAUGAAUUACGUAGAAACAUAUAUUUGAAGAAAUGUUCACUAAAUUACAUAUUGAACCCCAAACGGACAGCCAUUGAUCUAUCUUCCAAUAUGCAAUUAAGUACCACUGCACCUUGUUAUUCGGUUUCUUCCUGUUCAUUUGACCAUGAGUUAUUCUCAUUUAGUGACAAGCUAUCAGAAAACAUAUCUACAUUAACAAACUCUGAUGGAAAGGAACAAGACUAUACAUUAAAUGAUAUUAGUAGCUACAUAAAUGGCACUAGUGUGAGGAUGUCGUCGUUGGCAAAUGGUAACACAAAUAACAAAAACGACUGGCUAAACCAAAUCAAACAUGUUUGCAAUCUUCACCCUCCAGCCAAUUCAAAUGAUCCCCUAGAUUUAUUAUGCUAUGAUAAGUAUAUGAUAAUAUUAAAAUAA